CACCCUGCCUCUGAUUCGACUAGAGUCGUGCUUGUCAACAGUCGGCCCAAUCCGAGCCGUUCCCGGUGUCCGACCCUACCAUUGAGUAUUUACAGCAGAGCCGGAGGAAGGGUGUGAGCGAGCGAGUCGGUGGAAGCGGCAGGAGUGCGGGAAGGCCUGGUAGCGCUGGAGCCGCCUCUGCCGUCGCCUCAGAGAGCCUACCUCGCCCUGCCUGCCGGGUCUCGCUUCCCGCCCCUGCCCAUGUCCAGGGAACGCGGGUUGGCAGCCGACCCGCCGCCGCCUUGUCUUCGGAGCCGCCCGGCCCGGGAGCCGCCGCCGCCGCCUCUGUCGUUGUUGCCGCCGCUGCCCUCGUCAUGGCUGAGCUGGGGCAGGAGGUGGUCCAGCUGGUGUGGGGCAAGAAGCCCGGCUCGCACGGCCUGGCAGAUACCAUCUUCUGCCGCUGGGCACAAGGGUUUGUGUUCAGUGAAUCAGAAUCCACUGCAUUGGAACAGUUUGAAGGAGGCCCUUGUGCUGUGAUUGCACCUGUUCAGGCAUUCCUUCUGAAGAAGCUUUUUACUUGUGAGAAAUCUACCUGGAGACAAUGUGAAGAGGAAGAGCAGAAGAAUCUCCUUUGUCAUACGUUAUGUGAUAUUUUGGAACUGGCUUGCUCUGAUCAUUCCGAAUCAUACUGUUUGGCAACAUGGCAGAAAGCAAAGACUGCUGAAGAAAGUGGUAGUAUUUCUGAAAGCCCAGCCGAGUCCAGCCAUCAAGAGGAGCAGCCCUGUAAGAUACAUCUUGUGUGCAGUGUAGUGCCAAACAAUAACUCUUGUACUGCCUUGGCUGUCGAAGAGCUUGGCUUUGAGCGAUUUCAUGCAUUAAUUCACAAGCAGACAUUCACAAGCUUUCCCGAUUUCAAAGAUGCAGUUUGGAAUCAAUAUUCAGUCUGGACAAACAAAUUUGGAGUGUUGCUUUUUCUGUAUUCUGUGAUACUUACCAAGGGUAUUGAAAAUAUAAAAAAUGAAAUUGAAGAUUCAACGGAGCCAUUGAUAGAUCCUGUUUAUGGUCAUGGAAGCCAAAGUUUAAUUAACCUCCUAUUGACGGGGCAUGCAGUAUCUAACGUUUGGGAUGGAGACAGGGAAUGCUCAGGAAUGAAAUUACUUGGAAUACAUAAACAAGCAACUGUUGGUUUUUUGACACUUAUGGAAUCGCUAAGAUACUGCAAGGUUGGCUCCUAUUUGAAGUCCCCAAAGUUCCCUAUUUGGAUACUUGGCAGUGAAACUCAUCUCACAGUCUUUUUUGCCAAGGAUUUAGCUCUGGUUGCUCCUGAAGCUCCCUCCGAACAAGCCAGAAGAAUCUUUCAAACAUAUGACCCUGAAGAUAAUGGCUUUAUACCAGAUACUCUACUAGAAGAUGUCAUGAAGGCUUUGGACCUUGUAUCGGAUCCAGAAUAUGUAAAUCUCAUGAAGACAAAAUUGGAUCCAGAAGGACUAGGAAUCAUAUUGCUAGGUCCCUUUCUUCAAGAGUUUUUCCCUGAACAGGACUCUAAGGUUCAAGAAUCAUUCCCUGUAUACCACUACAAUGGAUUGAAGCAAUCAAAUUAUAAUGAAAAGGUCAUGUACGUUGAAGGUACAGCGGUGAUUAUGGGGUUUGAAGACCCAAUGCUACAGACUGAUGAUACUCCAAUCAAGCGCUGCUUGCAGACCAAAUGGCCAUAUGUAGAACUUCUCUGGACCACAGAUCGAUCCCCUUCAUUAAAUUGAUGUUGAGAUGAGACUUUGUAAUACUAUCCAAUGUUUGAAUGGGGGUUGGAUAGGCAGCUGCCUGUAUUUUGAAAAAAAACCUAUACUUUGACUAUGUGGCUAUACACUGGUGUCACUGAGAAACUGUAAAUAAACACUUUUUCAGUGUUAAUUAGAAUAUUUAAUUUAAUUUUUUUUAAACAAUUGGAUUGAUUUGUAUUCUAUCAGCUAGUUCCUCUUUGGCCAUUGUAGUGCAGUUAAAAACGUGAGUUUUCACCCAGAAUCCUCCUUGCUCCAGAACCUGAAAAAUGGUCUAUUAGUGCAGUAUCUGCAUAUUAGAUAACAAUGUGUCUUAAAUAUGGUAUUCACCUCUUUACACACUUGUUCGGCCAUAUGUUUUGUUUGAAUUCUACCGCCUUAGGGCACCAUCAGUCUGGAAAUACCCCCGCCCAAGCUUCAUGGAAAUAAAUAGGGGUUACACAAGUUUACAGUAGUGCUCUGGGGGUUGCCCAAGAGUACUCUUAUGCUCUUGGGCAGCUCCAUUCAGGGCUAAGGAAGCUUGUCCCUGACCUGAGGACAAAGUCCUCGCUCCAGUGGCUCCCCGCCCCCUAGGUUUUACCAUCAUGUGCACAUUCUUGAGAAGGCAGGGAAAGGAGUUCCCAGUCAGCAAUUCCACAAACUCUGACUGGCGAAGAGAAGCUCUGACAGGCCCCAUUCUCGGCAUUGGCCCCACCCCUUGCAUCCGACAUCAGAUGCAGGGCGGGGCCAAUACAUGGGGAAAGGUCCAUUUGAACCCUCUCCCAUUCCUCCCCAGUCAGCGUUUUAUUAAAAAACUACUGGCUUUUCUACCCAGUACAGCCAGUGUGUCACUGAACCACUGUCUGGAGAGAAGGGUGUGCCUUGCACUUCCAGCCGGCGAGCGCUUUGUUCACCAGCUGGAUUCAGGAGGGGGUAAGAGGGAGCCUUGGUGGCACCCACAGACCUUGGUGGCCAGGGGACAAUCUCCCCCCCCCUUACUCCAGGCUCCCUAUGCCUCUGCUCCCAUUCAUUACAGGGGAGCUGGUGCCCUACACUAUAUUAUCACAGCUUCAGGACUAGACUGGCAUUUGCACUGAAUAUGUUUAGAUGAGUUAAAUUUCUGCUGUUCUUCUCUAGAAAUCUGACUCUUAUUUACAUGGCUUUGCACAUAUAGGGCAAAAAUUAUGCAUUUUAAAAUAUGGCUUAACUAUAAAUAAGUGCUAUUUAUUGGCGGUUGUAUUGUUCCUGAUGUUUACCUACUGGGCACACUGAAAGUAAAAGCAGGAUUUUAAGAAAAAUGGAAUUCUAAUAUUUUUAACUGUCUAAAGGAAAUAUAAAACAAAGCAAAAAAAACUCCAGCAGCAGAGAGAAUUUGUGCUAGGGGUUUUGAAGCUGUUCAGAUUAUUAUUUGCCAAAUACCUCUUCUCAAUACAGUAUGUCCUAACAAAAACAUAAGCCAGCACUAUUGUAUGUGUUACAUGCAUUAAAACAUCUGUUAUUACAAGAGUAUAGUCCAUUAUUUAUUAUCUAGCAAAGCCUAAAUAAAAAAUCUGCCAAAUAGUGACCCUA